GAACCAGUUGACCUUACCAAGCAAAUGAUUGGUCGAGACAAGCCACCUGGGACCCAGCCAGGUGAAGGGCAGGUGGACAUUAUGCAGAUGUUGACCAAGGCUCAGAGUGAAUAUGUCAAGGCCAAAGGAGCUCCAGGCCCUACUAAGGAGGAGAAGCCCCGCCCCUAUGACCGACCACAUCACCACUGCCGCCCCCACCAGCAAUGUCAACCUUGUUCGUCCUACGCCAGUCAAGUUCAGCAUGGAGGGGUCUCCAUCAGAAGAAAUGCCUGCAAUCGUGUCAGGUAACCUAUCCCAGCCUGCAUCUGAUUCUUCAGGACCAAUGACGCUGGAGGCGUUGUUCCGUAAGGCCAGUAUUAGCCAACAGCGGGGAGGAAUGGUGGAUGCCUCUACCGCUGAACUUCCAGAUGUCACCAAGCCCUCAGUGUUACAAAGGUCAAUCUCCAUGGUGGAGACAGAAUCUCACAAGGACAAGCUUCCCCCGAUGCUGCAGAAACUCAUCUCAACAGGACAGACGGUGGAGGAGAUCGAACGGCAGCAGAUCAGCCACAACAUCCUUGAAAGACCAAGAUCAGAAGGAUGUGACUCCUUGAAACCCGACGGCACCUCCCCCAUCCCCAUGCAGGACCCCCUCCUUCACAAGCCCCUCAUGGCAGGGCUUCAUCAGCUGCUGGUCCCCAGGACCAAGCCCCAGCCCCCUGGGGGUGCCGCACAGCCAGGAGCCAAGGCAGGUGACGUCACUAUGUCUGGGGAUGCCCCGCUGCUGAAACCCAGCGACAUCGAGCAGGGAGGGACCGGACUGGCUCACAGUGUAUCCAUGCUGCCAUCUACUCUGAUGUCCGGUGAUGUUGGUAUACUCCCAUCCUCAUCAGUGUCGUGUCCCGAUGUGCUCCUGUCUCCCAUGGCAUUCUCGUCAUCACAUGACAAGAGGAAAAGUCCCCCGCUCCCUACCACCCCCACCACACAGCAGCCAGCAGCUCUGGACCGCACCCAGAGUGACAGCUCGGAACCGGAGCAGUCGGCUGCCAUCACUCACUCACCACUCACCAAAGAUCAGUUACAACAAGCUCUGCUUUAUCUCAUUAAGAAUGACAACACUUUUGUGUCAACCGUUCAUGAGGCAUAUCUGAAGAGCUUCAAGACUUUGGCUGGUCAUAAGUCGUAGCAGGAGUCAUUUCCUUCUGAUGUUCCUGCAUUUAAAGACUCUCCUUCUGGAGAAAUGGAGGAGGAGGUCACAGAGGAGAAUAUCUCUGACGCAAUGGCCAAUGUUAUGUAUGGACUGAGGAGAAUGAUGCAGGAUUUUAUGAGUGGUUACCAUGAUGUACGAUGAGAGAACAUUUCGCUUGGCUGGUUUACACUGAGCAAUGGUCUCAGACAAUACUGAAUACACUGCUUGUGCAAUAUACCUUCUCAUAGUCAAAGAUUGUAUGUCAGAUUUACCUGAAGCCAUGUAAACCAAGUUUAGCUUUCAGAGAUACGUUGGUUGGUAUUUAUUUUCAAGGUGUAUUGUUCCCUGCCACAGAGGUGGUACAGUCUUGCUGAUAAUGUCCUAGUCCGAUAUUGCUCAAUAUUCCACAGUCAGUCAUAUUUAAACCGUUUUGCUAUGUCAUAAUAACAUGUCCAACAUAGAUUUUCCAUUCAUGUACAAUUUCACACUAAGCUAUCAAUUAGAUCGAGCUCAUUAUUGUAUGUAAAGUUGUAACCAGUCGAAUAUUUGACAAAUAUCUUACAAAUGGACAUUUUGGGAUGAUUCCAAUCUCAAUUUGGGGCCCCAGUCAUCACAAGUGCCACAAAUCACUCUCUCACUUAAAUAGAGUUUGAGCAUGACUUCGUUCCCAACUUUUGUUAAAUAAUCAUGUUAUUGUUUAAAGGCUAAAACAUUGGCAUAUUUCUGUCCGAUUAGGGUGAAAAUGUUAGCAUAUCAUUCCAGGGUUUGAAAUUAGUACCAUGAUAAAUCAAGACAGUAUUUGACAGAUUUGCAGUGUUUCUGACACAUAGCAUUACUCAGCGAUAAGAUGUGACGAUAGAGGACUGUUUACCUGGUGAUUGGAUGUGAUUUGACAGAGCCAAAAUCUGUGAGUGAGUGAGUGAGUUUGGUUUUACGCUGCUUUUAGCAAUAUUCCAGCAACAUCACUGCGGGGGACACCAGAAAUGGGCUCCACACAUUGUACUCAUGUGGGGAAUCGAACCCGGGUUUUCGGCCUGACGAGUCAACACUUUACCCACUAGGCUAUCUACCCACUAACGACCUCCCACCCCAAUAAUAUAAACACCAGGAGCCUUCCAAACACUGCAGAAUCCCAGAGAACAGCUUUUAAAAGUUGCACUGCAUACUAUUAAACCCGACAUUAAAGGUUUAACAAUUUCUCAGAAGCAUGGGGUAAACAGAUUUGGUUCAAAAUUGGGAGUGUUUUUAUGUAUUUCUACCCAAUGUGGAGUCAAACUAGUAGUGAUGUCAUUGCUGUCACCAGUAAACUGUUAUAUUGUGUUUCAUAUAAUGUGUCUUUGUUUCAUGCUUGUUAUUGUGUAUGCCAAUAUAAUUGUGGAUUAUAUCAUUGUACAAGAUGUUCAAUGGCUGAAACAGACAGCAUAAACAUAUUUGUUAUUUUGAUACUUUGAAGAUAUUGUUUUUGUAUUUGUCAAACCCGGUCAAAUUUGUAACUUCCAUGAAACAAUUAACUGCCAAUCAUUUUUAGUUUUGCUUUAUUCACUUACCUGUACUGUAAAUUCUCAAAUACUGGCUUGGUCCAAAGUGUGUUCAUUUACAAAGCAUCCAUUUCUUGCAAAAGGCCAGUAUAGAUCAAAUGGAUUUCAGAUUUGUGCUGAAUUUGUGAUUGGUUCCUGACCUUCAUACUUCUGACCAGUUUGGUUGAUUUUCAUAUGACUUCCACAAAUAUGUUUUAACUUGUGGCAAUAAAGCAAUGUUGGGCCUUGUUCCCAGUCAAUGAAUACAUGCAGGGACCAGUAUGCUUUGCAGUAUAUACCGUAAGAUACUUUUCAGUCAGGGUACCAGUAUUGAUACUUGUGUAGUGUAUCAGAUACCUGUCAGUCAUAUUGAUUGUACCAGUAUUGAUUGUACCAGUAUUGAUACUUGUGCAGUAUCUCAGAUACCUGUCAGUCAUAUUGAGGGUACCAGUAUUGAUACUUGUGCAGUAUAUCAGAUACCUGUCAGUCAUAUUGAGGGUACCAGUAUUGAUACUUGUGCAGUAUAUCAUAUACCUGUCAGUGAUAUUGAUGGUACCAGUAUUGAUACUUGUGCAGUAUAUCAGAUACCUGUCAGUCAUAUUGAUGGUACCAGUAUUGAUACUUGUGCAGUAUAUCAGAUACCUGUCAGUCAUAUUGAGGGUACCAGUAUUGAUACUUGUGCAGUGUAUCAGAUACCUGUCAGUCAUAUUGAGGGUACCAGUAUUGAUACUUGUGCAGUAUCUCAGAUACCUGUCAGUCAUAUUGAGGGUACCAGUAUUGAUACUUGUGCAGUAUAUCAUAUACCUGUCAGUCAUAUUGAGGGUACCAGUAUUGAUACUUGUGCAGUAUAUCAGAUACCUGUCAGUCAUAUUGAGGGUACCAGUAUUGAUACUUGUGCAGUAUAUCAGAUACCUGUCAGUCAUAUUGAUGGUACCAGUAUUGAUACUUGUGCAGUGUAUCAGAUACCUGUCAUUCAUACUGAGGUAGCAUCCAUGGUCAGUUCAACUGAAGAUCAACCACCGAUAAUUGUAAAAUGUAAU